AUUUCAACCCAAAACCCAUUGAAUAAUUUUUUAACACUACUCUUCCAUCCUUAAUCUUGCUCUGUUUGAAGAGAAAAAAUGGAGAAAAUGAACCAGGCACUGGAGAAGAUGAAAAUGUUGGUGGGAAUGGAUGUAGAAGAUGAAGAAGUAGCUCCUCAACAAGAAUCUUUCAUGGAUGAUUUGAAUCGCAACUGCACUUUGUCCACCAAACAGAGGCUUUAUGGUUUCGCUAUAUGCUUAACAACUGGUAUCGCCUGUACUCUCUUGUCAAUGCUGGUUUUCUUCAAUCCAAUCAAGUUUGGAAUAACAUUUUCUUUUGGGAAUUUGCUUGCUCUUGGAAGCACAGCGUUCCUCAUAGGGCCUAAACGACAAGCGACAAUGAUGCUUGACCCAGUUCGUAUAUAUGCCACUGCUAUUUAUAUAGCAAGCAUUAUCAUUGCACUGUUUUGUGCUCUAUAUGUGCGGAACAAGGUACUGACACUGUUGUCAAUUAUAUUGGAGUUUGGUGCACUUAUCUGGUAUAGUUUGAGUUACGUUCCUUUUGCAAGGUCCAUGGUGUCCAAAGUGAUGAUGGCUUGCUUUGAUACAGAAUUCUAGGGUUGUAUUACCGUCAGAGAAGAAUUACACGUGCAAAUAUGUAGAGUGUACAUUUGACAAGUUGGCACCAGGUGUUUUAAUCACCUUUGGUCAAAUGGAGGUGUUUUGAUUCAAAUGCGUUCGUUGACUUCUGAUGCUAUGUAACACCUAAAUUUUUACUUCUUCAAAGUAAAUGGAAACAUUGAUUAAAUGAGUGGGUGGGUGGGUUGCUAUAAUAGAUGUGUUGUCAAUGUUUACAUGGGUUAGGAUGUGAUGAGCAAUGAGUUGGUGGUUAUUAUUUAAUGUUUGGUUUUCCCACUAUUCGUACUAAAACUUCAGAUUUGUGAAUGA